AUGCUGAGAUCUCUCCAAAAACAAAAACUAGUAAAAAUGUUAAGCCCAGAAAACCCACCAUUCAAGAUUCUAAUUCUGGAUAGUGCUACCCAAGAAAUUCUGGGCCCAAUAUUGAAAGUUUCUGACCUGAGAGAUGCAGGCGUAACUGCACACUUUUUGGCUUCUAUGUCGCGGUCACCAAUAAAGGAUGCUCCUGCUCUUUAUUUUGUAAGCUCAGUAGAGUCGAUAGAAAAAGACCUGAACAGAGAUUUGUACGGCUCGUAUUACAUCAACUCCUCAUUUGCCUUUAAAAGAAGUGAUUUGGAGAAGAUGGCUGCGGUGGCCAGUGGAAAGCAGAUUGCCUUGAAAAUCCAGUCCGUGUUCGACCAAUUCCUCCAAUUUAUUUCACUUCAGGACGACCUGUUUACCCUAAACAUCACAAGUAGCUUUACAAAUAGAAAUACAGAUGCCUUUCUAAGACGUUCGGUCUCGGGAUUGAUGAGUGUGUUUUGCACCUUGAACGAAGUGCCGUUUAUUAUUUCAAAAGAGUGUGAGUUGGGGAAAAUGCUUGAGCAGAAAAUUAAAAACACAAAAAUAAUCAAAGGCGGAAUAAAGAAGCCUCUUCUUAUCAUUCUGAACAGAGACUUUGAUGUAUCUACGCCCACAAAACACGUUAUGGGAUAUGUAGAGCUAAUUCACGACAUUUUUAAUAUUAAGUUAAAUAAGGCAGAGAACAUUAACAUCGACACUGAUUGCGAAUUCUACAAAACAAACAUGUUCUUGGAUUUCCCAACAGUUGCUGACACUGUUAACAAAGAGUUGCAUGCGUAUAAGAAGGAACUAGCCUUGAGAAGCCUAAAUGAAAAGAGCGACAAAGCGCAGAUCCAGGCAGCACUUGAGAGCGCGCCACAUUUGCAGAAGAAAAGCGAAAUAGUCAACAAUAACCUGACAUUGUGUUCAAAGGUUUUAGACCAGGUGAAGGAAAGAAAAAUGGAUGACUUUUACAGCAUGGAAGAAAACUUUGAUCAAAAUGAAAUAAUGGAGCUGUGUAGCUGUGGAACAGACAAUGACAUACUACGGCUAUGCAUUCAACUGAUCGGAUCUAAAAACUCGGAUCUGAUUGAACCUAUUUUGCAGAAGAGAGGUAUUGACUCAAAGAUUGUAAACUACUUCAGAAAAAUGAUUAAGAACGAACAAGGAUUUGGUGCAAAAGUCAAAAGCUUACUUUUCAAAAAGAGUCUUCCAAUUUACUCACAGAUAGAAUCAAUAUUUUCACAGAUUAAGAAUCAGAAUUUUGAUGGAUUGGAGAUCUACGAUCCGUCAUACACUGGAAUUUAUCAAAGCGAGAUUUCAAGAAUAGUUGUAUACAUCAACGGCGGAGCAACAUAUUCUGAAUUAAAAAGCUUGAAGGAGCUAGAGCAAGUUAUAAAGAUACCGAUAGUUUUAGGUGGGAGUGAGAUCCUAAAUGCAAAUGAGUUUAUCAGGCAAGUUUCAAUUGAAAACCAAUGA